ACCGAUGUGAUGUCCCUGGUUGGUGGCGUUGGUGGAAAGAAGGACGAUCUCGGUGAUGGAUCUCUAAUGCAAACGGAUCGCAACGGCAACUCCAAGAACCUGUCGCUUAGCCCCAAAACUCCUGGUGGAAGCCUAACAUCACCGCCACUUCGAUCUCUGCACAUCUCCCCGCAUCAUCAUCCACAUCACCAUCAUCCGCAUCACCAUCAGUCGUACCAGCUUCCCUCGUCUCUGACAUCUUCUUCGCAUCAUUCACAUCACUCGAGCUCGCUCAAUCUGGGCGGCAAGUAUGAUCUCUCGUCACUGAGUUCUGGGCUGGGCAAUGGCGGUUCCGGCAGCAUGGGAGGAUCGGUUUCCGGUUUGGGUGGAACAGGAGGAAACGGUUCCGGAAGUAUAUCGUCCUCACACCAACAGAUUGGGUCUCACAACUCAUCAUCGCAUAUCUACACAACGCCAACGUCGUCGAAUCCUUCCCAUCAUUCGGUAGCCGGAAAUAACUAUAUGCAGCAUACCGGAAGUGGGUUGGGAUCUUCACCUUUCGGUCAGAUCAAAACGGAAUCCAAUCCGCUGGCAGCCUCAACUCCUACCUCCGGAUCCGGGUCCAAUGGUUACGGCGAUUACAUGAACAACUGCCUGCAGAGUGGCUAUUUCGGAGGAACCUUCGGAUCGCUGCACUCCCACCACAGUCCACAUUCGGCAGCAGCAGCCGCAGCGGCAGUCGGAGGAUCCGUCAAUGGGGCACUUUCACAUGGCCACCAUCACCACCAUCAUCAUCAUCACAGCUCGGCGGCAGAUCUUGCCGGCUAUCAUCACCAGCACAAUGUCAUUCAAGCGGCCAAACUGAUGGCCUCGUCCUAAUAGCUGUGUACGAGAAACAAAUGUUAUACGAUUACAACAAUGCAUAAAGUGGUAAUUACCUAAAUAGUACUUAUUCAGUGUUAAGUUCCUCGCUUUUACAUAAGCUUGAUUUGAUUAGUUGACGAGACUUUGGAGCCAUAUUGUACAUAUUAUAUUCCAAAUAUCUCGGUAUAGGCAAAAGACUUACUAACUGCUGUUAGAAAAUUAAUCUGUAAACCAAUCGAAUCGAUGAAUGACAAAAAUGUAUAACGAUUUACUAAAUCAACACUUUUACAACGAAAAAAAUUGGUAAACUUUAAAUGUAGAUGGAGGUAAUUGUAAGUGAUUCCAACACUAUUAUCGUCAAUAAACCGCUUAUUGAAAUGGGCUUUCGCAAGUUUCAAUAUCGUACUAUUAGAAGAUUAAGGACCUAAGCAACAAAACCUCUAAACGGUUUUAUUUUUUUAUAUCCCUACGUAGGAUCACAGACCCAGACGACAGAUAUUAUAAAUCAAAUUGUAAAUAAAUUACCCAAAUAUUAAAAGGGCUGUACAAUUAAAAAAUGUUAAACGCGCAUUUCUAUAGAAAACAAUCAUCAAACGCAGCACAGCAGCUUCGCGCGUAGGCAUUGGAAUUUUAAGGUUAUGAAAUCCUAUUUAAUUUUAACUCAUCUUGAAGGCACAACUGUAAGAUAUAAGAUUUUUACUAGGCAAAUAGACCAUUUAAAAGCGAAAUCUGAAAUAAACAUUGA